AUGCAGUCCAGCGAGCGGAUCUACAACACGGUGCUGAACCGGGCUCCUAAUAGAAGGCAAAAACCCUGGCACUCCGACAUUCUCCGAAACAAUCCCGAUUCACAGGAUCAUCCUUAUGAACUGCCGUACAUGGUCAGCUCAGAGCCAUCAAGCCCGGCGGUCACCUGCACCUACUGCGUCUACUCGGCCACCCCGGCCGUCAAGUCAUGUCUGCUGUGCGAAGCCUCCCUGUGUCCCGUACAUCUCCAGGUCCACAGCACCUCCCCCGAACACGUCCUGACCGUCCCGCUCAACAACCUCAGACAAUUAAGGGACUUAAAAUGCUCCAUUCACAAGGAGGUCAUGAAGUACUAUUGCUUUGAUGACUCUUCUUGUAUCUGUGUGUCCUGCUGCCUGGCUGGGAAGCACAAGGGUCACCAGGUGGAGCAACUGGAGGAGGCUUCGGAGAAGAAGAAAACGGAACUGAGAAACCUCGUUGAGAGGUUGACCUCAAAACAAAGUAGACUGGACAAGAGGGUCUUGAGGCUCAAACAACAGAGAGAAGAGGUGCAGGACCGGACGUCUGUGAUCACCGAAAGGGUUGCUGCCUUAUUCAUCAACCUCCGGAGACAACUGGAGGACCUAGAGAAGAGGCUCCUGUGUGAGAUUUCGGCAGAAGAGGACAGAAUCACUCACCCAUUCACCCUUAUCAUUAACCAGCUAGAAAUCCAGAAAGAGGAUCUAUCCCGCAGCAUAACAGAGAUUGAAGAGCUCAUCAACUUAUCAGAUCCAUUGGCCAUCUUGACCAAAACAAAAAGACACGAGUCUUUGGAGCCUAAAGACCAAGAGAACUUGAUCUAUGACCUGGAGGACAUCGACGAAGGUCUGAUCUCUGUAACCCUACACAGAUCCUUCAACGAGAUCAUGGAAACGGUCAAGACGGUGCAAGGCUCUUCAGAUCUACAGCUGGACGUGGAAACCGCCGCCAAUGACGUGUAUCUCUCGGGCGAUAAGAAAACCGUCUCCUGGUCAAAGAUUAAUCAACGUCGUCACAAAAUACACACCAGGUUCAAAAGCCUUCAGAUUCUAAGCCAAGGGUCCUUCUUGUCUGGACGCCAUUACUGGGAGGUGCAGUCCAGCCAGUUGGGGGAUUGGAUGAUGGGGGUUUGCUAUUCCAGCACUGAGCACAAGGGAACCGAGUCAGUUUUUGGAAACAACCGAAAAUCCUGGUGCCUGAGCUGGAAAGAUAAAAAACUUUCUGCAGUGCAUGAUCAUAAAGUAAAGCAUUUCCUCAACCUCUUGCCCUGCCAAAACAUCGGAAUCUACCUCGAUUAA